AUGGCCGACGACGCGGCGUGCGCUCGACGCGAGAAUUUUUCGGUUUCGGCCUCCGUGACUAUAAGUCUGGUUCACGAGUCGAAGACGCGCCGGCGGCGGGCCGUUUCCGUCGGCGUUCUCGACGGUCGUCGCCGUUAUGAUUAUGAUGCACCGGCCGACGGCCAUGACGAAGAAGACGACGACGGUGAUGCACCACCAGCUACCGACUGGGUCGGCCGGCCGAGCGCGAUGAAGUCCGCCGCUUGGAUCCCGGCCGCGGCCGUCGUACUGGUCGCCCUGUGCGCCCCUCGGCCAGGACUAUGUGAUCCGACCGGAAGUCCUCCGACCAUAUGGGUGGACCGGAAUUGGGUGGUCGACUCCACGGCACCCGUCGGCACGGUGGUGGCCCGUGUUCGCGUGUCCGACGUCGGCAACGAGACGGUCCUGAUGUACGGGCUGGAACACUCGACGGGCUUCAACAUCGUCCAGGAGAAUGAGGACCCGUUGCCGUUCACCAUCGACGAGAACGGAAGAGUCACCACAAACACGUCUCUGACGAACAAGGAGGGAAAAAACAUUUACCUGUACGUAACGAUCAACGACGGACACUUGACGUCCAAGACUCAAGUAUGGGCGAAAGUGGAAGGACCCGGCGGUGGUGGCAGGAAUAAGCCACCGAGUAACGGAGGACUUCCGACAAACUUCUUGUCAUCACAGUUCCGACCACCGCCCCCGCCGUCGAUACCGAUCAACGGGGCUGGAGGCAGUUUUCCAGGCGUUGUUUUCACGCCCCCUAACAAACUUCUACCCCCUGGACAGGCCAGGACGACGCCACCCCGGCCAACGAACAAAGUUCCUACGGCGAAGCCGACGAUGCCCACAGUCGUUACCACUCAAAAGACAGUCGCCGCUGACAUACCCGUCGCCGAGGCCACCACGUCGACGACCACGGUCGUCAGCACAGUCGCCUCGACCGUGGUAGCCGAUGCAGCCGUAAAAGCGGUAAACGGCUCAACCACCACAGAGUCAGCGCCCAGCACCGUCACCACCACGGCCGCUACCACCUCCCGGUUCGGCGACACAAGGAACGUAACAGAACCAGCGCUCACCCCUCCCACGGUGACCACCCAGCAACCAGUUCAAAAUAACCUCGUCUUGGCCCUGGUACCCAUUGUGAUUGCUACCGUCUUCCUGACCACGGCUGGCGUGCUUGCCUGUUUGUUCCGCAAAAGACUAUUUUCCUCCAAAGUCAAGUCUAAAAAAGUAAAUUCCAUUGGGAAAAAGAAGAGUUCUAGAUCGGACGACCCGAUGGUCAUGCACCACUGGAGCGGGCCACGGGCUUUCACCAGAUACGAGAGCUGGGGCUCGGAUCCGUCGACCAAUGGGCAGUACAUCGGCGACAAGGAAUCGGCGAUCAAAGAAGGUGACCCCUGGGAGAUACCCAGACACCACGUGCGGGUGUGCUCAAUACUCGGAGAGGGUAGUUUUGGCCAAGUCUGGAAGUGCGAGGCGUACAAUGUCAUGGGGUUCAAGGGCAACAUGGUGGUCGCUGUGAAGACGCUCAAGGACAACGCCGGCGAACGCGAACGACUCGACUUGGUACAGGAACUGCAGGUGAUGAAAUCGCUGGAGCCACAUCCGCACGUCGUAAAACUCUUGGGAUGUUGUUCGGAGAGAGAUCCCCUGUUCGUCGUUAUGGAGUACGCGAAAUUGGGCAAACUCCAGAGCGUGUUGCGGAACUCUCGCGGCGCAAACUACUACACGAAUACGCACGGGCCGAGUUCGUUGACGUCGCACGAACUCAUUAUGUUCUGCUAUCAGAUCGCCAAAGGAAUGGACUUCUUGUCGUCGAAAGGGAUCAUACACAGGGACCUGGCGGCCCGGAACAUAUUGGUGACGGAGGAACGGGCGUGCAAGAUCUCCGACUUCGGGUUCGCGCGGGACGUGGCCAGCAGCCGGGUGUACGAGCGCAAGUCCGAGGGCCGUCUGCCCAUCCGGUGGAUGGCGCCUGAGUCGCUGUUCGACAACAUGUACUCGGCCAAGUCAGACGCAUGGUCGUUCGGCGUGCUCAUGUGGGAGAUCGUGACUCUCGGCUCGACGCCGUACCCGGGCGUGGCCGCGGCGGACGUCAUGAAGCGCAUCCGGGACGGUUACCGGCUGGACAAGCCGCAGCACUGCCGUCGCGAGGUGUACAACAUCAUGUUCUACUGCUGGGACAAGUGUCCGGACGACCGGCCCGACUUCGCCGAACUCAUGGGGCUGCUUGACAAGCUGCUGGUCGACGAGACCGACUACAUACAGCUCGACCGGUUCCCGGACAACGCGUACUACAACAUCACCACGUGCAUCAGUGGCGAGCGCCUGUGA